GUCUUGUCAACUUUAUAUAAACUUUUGCGACCCCCCAAAGCUAUAUAAAAAGGCUGCCUUUGCCUUGAAGGCCCCCAUAAGCAAGCAUACCUAGACCAAGCUAGCUUCUUCCUGUUCCGGCCUGCAUCUCCCCUUCCUUUUUUCGGUUUCCGACAGCCCAAGACCAUGGCUGCCAUUCCCACCAAUAUUCGUAUGCUUUUUUUAUGUGUUAUGUUCACUACCAUUUUAAGCAAGUGUUUGGUUCCUUCCCUCGCAGAGCUUCGACGGUUUGAGCAAGCCACAACAAAAGCCGACGGUUCUCUAAGCUUUUUGGUCGUCGGAGACUGGGGAAGAAGAGGAGGUUACAACCAAACUGAAGUUGCUCAUCAGAUGGGAAUCGUUGGAGAAAAGUUGGACGUUGAUUUUGUGAUCUCCACCGGUGAUAACUUCUACGAUGCCGGUUUGACAGGCGUCGAUGAUCCGGCAUUUGACGAGUCAUUCACAGAUAUCUACACAGCGCCUAGCUUGCAAAAGCAAUGGUACAAUGUUUUGGGUAAUCAUGACUAUAGAGGUGAUGCUUUGGCACAACUGAGUCCCAUACUUAAGAAGUUGGACAGCAGAUGGCUUUGCUGGAGAUCUUUCAUUGUAAAUGCAGAAAUUGUAGACUUUUUCUUCUUGGAUACAACUCCUUUUGUUGACAAGUACUUCAACAAUCCAAAGGACGAGGUCUAUGACUGGAGAGGCAUACUACCUCGAGACCAUUACCUUUCAAAUCUUCUAAAGGACUUUGAUUUGGCAUUAAAAGAAUCGAGUGCCAAGUGGAAGAUCGUGGUUGGUCACCAUACUAUCAGAAGUGCUGGACACCAUGGUAACACCGAUGAGCUUAUAGUGCAUGUUCUUCCAAUCCUAAAGGCAAACUAUGUUGAUCUUUACAUAAAUGGGCAUGACCAUUGCUUGGAACACAUAAGUAGCUCCGACAGUCCAAUUCAGUUUUUAACAAGUGGCGGAGGCUCAAAGGCAUGGAGAGGUGAUGUUGACUGGUGGAAUCCAGAGGAGAUGAAGUUCUACUACGACGGGCAAGGCUUCAUGUCCGUCCAAAUCACUCCAUCGAGGGUUGACAUCUCAUUCCAUGAUAUUUUUGGCAAUGUUCUGCACAAGUGGGGCACAUCCAAGCAACUCUACUCUAGCACGUAAAACAAGUUUUAGUCCCA